AAAAAAAAAAAUACACCGGAUCUCUGCAAACGCAUCUGCCCAUUUCUGUUACAUCCCAAUUCAAUUUUCAAAUCCAAAACCUAUACGACGAAUUCUUAUAUUUGCCGGCGUCGGAAAUCCAUCAUCUUAUUAUUAUUAUACACGUCGGCACAAACGGUGGUUAUUAAUCUAUUAUCACCCAAGACUGAAUUUGCUUCUUUGCUGUAGAGGGUUGGAUGUAAACCCUAUAUGCUUCAUCGACAUCAUUUCUCAUUAAAUUCUUAAAAAUAUGGGGUGCCCCAGCCACGAAUCGACUAUCGCUCAAGUAGCUAAAGACGCUUCGUGCAGGCCUCUUAGAAUUUCUUCAGCAUUUAUCGUAAAUUCCGAAAUCGGUGCAGUUUUAUCCGUCAUGAGAAGAAACGUGCGGUGGGGAGUUCAAUACAUGGACGACGAAGACCAAUUAGACCACUCGCUAAUCAAAUCUUUCAAAGAAAUACGAAGUAAGAUUUUCUUAUGGCAAAACCAAUGGCACGUGUUCGAUCCAGUUGUGUAUCUACAGCCUUUUUUAGACGUAAUUCAGUCUGACGAAGCCGGUGCACCGAUUACCGGUGUUGCGUUAUCUUCUAUAUACAAGUUUUUAACCCUGGAAGUACUCGAUCUCAACAUUGUUAAUGUAGCGGACGCGUUACGUCAAAUUGUUGAUGCUGUGAUGAGCUGUCGGUUUGAAGUAACCGAUCCUGCAUCUGAGGAAGUAGUAUUGGUUAAGAUACUUCAAGUUUUACUAGCUUGCUUGAAGAACAAGGCGUCGGUUAUGCUGAGUAACCAGCAUGUAUGUGAUGUGGUGAACACAUGUUUCCAAAUAGUUCAUCAAGCAAGCUCGAAAAGUGAACUUUUGCAGAGAAUAGCUCGACAGACGAUGCAUGAGUUGGUUAGAUGUAUUUUCUCACAUUUGCAUGAUGUUGGUCAUACCGAAGAACAUUUGACUCAGGUUGGUAGUAAACAACAUGGCAAUGGUCAUACUGGUUCAACAACAGAGGUUGGUCAAAUGGGUCAAACUAUAGGAGAGGUUGGUCAAACGGGCCAAAAUAACGAUCUCCUUAUGACAGAGGCCUACGGGAUUCCAUGCAUGGUGGAAAUAUUCCAAUUUCUUUGUUCUCUUCUGAACGCUACUAACGUUGGAGCGGGCCCCAGGUCCAGUUCGUUAUCAUACGAUGAAGAUGUUCCGUUAUUCUCAUUAGGUUUAAUUAACUCAGCCAUCGAGUUAGGUGGGGCAUGUUUUGACCAGCAUCCCCAGUUACUAUCGUUAGUCGAAAACGAUCUCUUUCGUAACUUAAUGCAAUACGGUUUGUCCGCAAAUCCGCUGAUUCUUUCUACCGUAUGCGGCAUUAUUUUGAAUUUAUAUCAUUUUUUACGAGUGAAGCUUAAACUACAGCUUGAAGCGUUUUUUUCAUCUGUGCUUAUGCGGAUCGCGCAAAACAAACACGGAGCGAAGUAUCAGCAACAGGAAGUUGCGAUGGAAACUAUUGUCGAUCUUUGCAGGCAGCCGGUUUUUAUAUACGAAAUGUACGCAAAUUACGAUUGUGACGUGUCCUGUAGCAAUAUGUUUGAAGAUCUAGUCAACGUGUUGUCAAAAAGUGCGUUUCCGGUGAAUAGUCCGUUAUCCGCUAUACAUGUUCUUGCUCUAGAAGGAUUAGUCGCCAUGAUUAACGGUAUGUCGGAAAGAAUCGGUGGUGAAGUAGCGUUAGAUUAUGCGAUGUCGGAUUGUGAAGAUUACGAGCCCUUUUGGAAGGUGAAAUGUGAGAAUUACGAGAAUCCUGACAAUUGGGUACCGUAUAUUCGUAAAAUGAAACGACUGAAGAAAAAGUUGAUGAUCGGGGCUGAUCGGUUUAAUACGGAUCGUAAAAAGGGUCUUCAGACUCUUCAAGGAAUGCGUAUUUUACCCGACCCGCUUGAUCCCGUAAGUGUAGCGUGUUUUUUACAGUACACGAUCGGGCUGGAUAAAAAUCUUGUCGGCGACUAUUUAGGGAAUCAUGAACCGUUCUGUGUUGAUGUUCUUCGAGAAUUUGCUAAAACGUUCGAUUUUCGAGAAAUGAAUCUCGACACUGCUUUGCGUGUGUUCUUGGAAACGUUUAGGUUACCCGGAGAAGCCCAGAAGAUUCAUAGAGUCGUUGAGGCGUUUUCCGAACGAUAUUAUCAACAAUCACCGGAUAUUUUAGCGAACAAAGACGCUGCCCUCUUGUUAUCGUAUUCAUUAAUCUUACUUAACACCGAUCAGCACAAUUUACAGGUUAAACGAAAGAUGACUGAAGACGAUUUCAUCCGUAACAAUCGCCGAAUCAAUGGUGGAGAUGAUCUCCCACGCGAGUAUCUGUCGGAGCUUUACCACUCGAUUUGCGAAAACGAGAUCCGGAUGACACCCGUACAAGGAUCCGAUUUCCCACCCGUGGUUCAUGAUAAUUGGGCCGGGCUAAUUCACAGAUCCCGACAAACCAUUCCCUACAUCGUUUGCAAUUCUUAUGAGCAAAUUAACAACGAAAUGUUUGCGAUUUUAUCGGGCCCGACUGUUGCUGCGUUAUCUGUGGUUUUGGAUCAUAUAGAGCAAGAAGAUGUGUUACAGACAUGUGUUAACGGAUUCUUAAAUGUUGCGAAGAUUGCAGCAUGUUAUCGUCUUGAAGACGUUAUCGACGGUUUGCUUGUUUCGCUCUCAAAAUUCACUGCUCUUUUGGUUCCGAUGUCUGUUGACGAAUCUAUACUCGCUUUUGGCAACGACACUAAAGCUCGAAAGUCAACUAUAGCGGUUUUCACAAUCGCAAAUACGUACGGUGAUUAUAUACGUUCGGGUUGGAGAAACACCGUGGAUUGCGUUUUACGGUUACACAAAUUAGGUCUCCUUCCAACCCGUUUAGCCAUCGACGCGGUUGAUGACGUGGAGCAAGUGUCAGAAUCGGACCCCGAAAAGUCGGUUUUGCUCACCCCACCAGCACCGAUCGUGUUAACGUCAUCGCAUUCUCGAAAGUUGUCGGGCCUAAUGGGCCGGUUCAGUGAGUUUCUUUACUAUGAUACGGAAAAACCCGCUCCGCAACCGUCUCGAGAACAGGUUGAAGCUCAUAAGCGUGCUGCGGAAACCGUUAAAAGUUGUCGUGUGAAUACCAUAUUUACCGAGAGCACGUUUCUUCAAUCCGAGUCUCUUUCGAAUCUGGCACGGGCCUUGAUUUUAGCGGCUGCUCGAUCUAACGAAGAGAGUGCGGUUUUUUGUCUGGAGUUGUUGAUUACAGUAACGCUAAAUAACCGUGAUCGAAUUAUGCUUUUAUGGCAAGGAGUUUAUGAGUACAUAACGAAUAUCGUCCAGUCAGCGGUGAUGCCGAGUACGUUAGUUGAAAAAGCGGUUUUCGGGCUUAUUCGAAUUUGCCAACGGCUUCUUCCGUAUAAAGAAAACCUAACCGAUGAGCUUCUGAAAUCGCUUCAGUUAGUUUUAAAACUCGACGCACGGGUGGCGGAUGCGUAUUGUGAACACAUCACGCGAGAAAUCAUGCGGCUUGUAAAGGCUAACGCGAGGCAGCUAAAGUCUCACCUCGGGUGGCGUGUCAUCACGUCUCUUCUUUCCAUCACGGCCCGUCAUCCGGAAGCUUCCGAGCCCGGAUUCGAGACGUUAGAGUUCAUCAUGUUAGACGGGGCCCACUUGUUACCAGCAAACUUCGUACUAUGUGUCAACGCAGCACGACAGUUUGCGGAGUCGCGUGUCGGAGACGUUAAACGGUCGAUCAAGGCGUUGGAUUUAAUGGCGGGUUCUGUUACUUGUUUGGUGAGGUGGUCGCGUGAGACAAACGAAGCAGUUGGUGAAGAAGCGGAAGCCGCGGUUAAACUGUAUCAAGACAUCAGUGAGAUGUGGCUCCGGUUGGCUCAAACGAUACGGAAAGUGUGCCUCGACCCCCGUGAAGAAAUUCGGAACCAUGCCGUUUUGAUGAUGCAGAGUUGCUUGAUCGGUUCACACGGCGUUCGUUUACAAGACGAGACGUGGUCACAGUGUUUCGAUCUCGUAAUUUUUACACUCGUUAGUGAUGUACUAGAAAUCGUGCAAGAAAAGUCGCUUAAAGAGUACCGAAACAUGGAGGGUACGCUUAUUUUAUCGCUAAAGCUUUUAUCCAACACGUUUCUGUAUUCUUUAUCGAGUCUUUCACGGCUCGUAUCUUUCGGUAAAGUAUGGGUAGGGGUUUUAAGUCAUAUGGAGAGAUAUAUGAUGGUGAAAAUACGAGGGAAAAAAAGCGAUAAAAUUCACGAAACGGUUACCGAGCUUCUUAAAAACAGCCUGCUGGUGAUGAAAUCUAGCGGGAUUCUUGUUCCGAGUGAUGCUGUCGGUUCCGAUAGUUUUUGGCAGCUCACUUGGUUGCAUGUCAAAAACAUCGCACCUAAUUUGCGGACCGAGGUUUUUCCGGAUAAUGAAACCGAGCAUCCGGUUCGUGAUACUAGUGUGUCGGUUUCUUCAGGCGGGUCUUGAGGGAAAACAAGGUUUUGAGUUUUAAAUUUUGAAAUGAGACCGACGGUUAUAGUCUUAGGUUUUAUGUAACUGUAUACUUAGAUUGUUCGAAACGUUUAAAAGGGAUUUUGGAUGUUGUUGUAGAUAGAGAUUGUUGCAUACAUGAUACAUUGUUACUUGAACUAAAGAUGUUAAAGUUACAAGUUAUUUGUACAAAUGGUCAUUGUUAAACAUUGUUCUUUUACUGCAUAUAUGAAGAUUUUUAUGCUU